UAUGGCCUUGCAGUUCACCGUCUUUCCCAACUCCGGCAUAUGCAUUGGCCUCCGGUGCAACCACGUGGCGGGAGACGCGAGGUCGCUUCACCACUUCAUGAAAUCAUGGGCGUUGGUUUGCAAGACCGGAGGAGAUUUGACUUCGCUUGAUGGAGAUUCAGGGCUGCCGUCUCUUGACAGGACCGCGGUGAAGGACCCGUAUGGGCUUGAGCUCGUGUUCUUGAAAGCUUGGUGGAGUUUGGCAUCGACAUGGAAAAAUGAGGACCAAAGAUCAGUCCUUGACACUGAUGAUCAUCAUAGCCUCCGUGCCACGGUCGUUCUGUGCCGAGACAAGAUUGAGAGAUUAAGGCAUUGGAUCACAAAUCAAUUGGCCAACGACAACGAGAACUCCACAACACUUCACAUGUCGUCGUUUGUCGUCAUUUCCGCGUUGAUUUGGGUUUGCUUAGCGAAAUCAGAAGAGAGAAAUUCCAAAGUUAAUAAAGAUGAUGAUGAUCCUUACUACUUU